AUGGCGCCGCAACCCACCACACCAGGCGUCACCAUCAACGCAGCCGGCAAAAAGUCCUUCAUCCCACUCGAAAACAACCCCGAAGUCUUCACCUCCCUCAUGCACAACCUCGGCGUCUCCUCCAAACUCACCUGCCACGACAUCUACACCCUCGACCGCUCGUUCCUCGCCACCAUCCCCCGACCCGUCCACGCUCUCAUCUUCAUCGCUCCAGGACCCGUCUACCACCGCGUGCGCGCCCGCCACGACGGCGGUACCGGCAGCGGUAGUAGAGUAGACGAACACAUCACCUACGACGCCACGGGACCAGACGAGCCGAUUCUCUGGUUCCGACAAACGAUCGGGAAUGCAUGCGGUUUGUACUCGCUCGUGCACGCUGUAGGUAAUGGAUCGGCGAGAGCGCAUGUCCAGCCGGACACACUCAUCGAUCGACUGCUCAAGCAAGCGGAGCCGUUGCAUCGAGUCAAGCGCGCGGCGGUGUUGUACGACUCGCUGGAGCUGGAGAGGGUGCAUAUGGCUGCUGCGGUGGAGGGCGAUUCACAUGCGCCGGAGAGCCAGGAGAAGGUCGGGUAUCACUUUAUUACGUUUGUGAAGGGGAAGGAUGGGCAUUUGUGGGAGUUGGAGGGGAGUUGGGAUCCGAUUGAUCGUGGGGUGAUAGAGGAGGGAGAGGAUUUGUUGAGUGAGAGGGUGGUGGAGAUGGGGGUGGGCAAGUUUGUGGAGGAGGCGGAGGGUAAUGUGGGAUUUUCUGUUGUGGCGGUCGUGACGGAGGAGUGA